UUCAUCUGUUGUCUGAAAUUGAUGUCGAUAGCAAAAUGAUUUAUUCAAAAUAGUAGUUAUUAUAGUGAAUCCCUUUUACUGAAAAAUAGUACUUAUGGUGUUAAACAUUAGUCCGAAUAAGGGCCAUAGUUUCCAACUAUGUAAAACGUAUAUAACAUUUAGGCAAUACAAUACCAAGGUUACACCUGUUGUUGGGAAACUCCGAACCGAAGGUGACGUCACAGUCGCAGAUUGAACCCAGAAAGAACAAAUAAUAAAUUGACUAGCUAAUACUAUGGAUGGCGAUGAUGACUAUUUGCAAGACGAGCUUGGAACGGAAAGUUCCCAAAGUGAUGAUGAUGAGCUUCCCAUGGAAAUGGAGAACGCGGAAUCCGCGUCAAUUCAUGAUCGUCAUGACGAUGAAGAAUUUCAGUACGAAGUUUUAACAGCUGAUCAAAUUGUCCAGUUUAUGGUAGACUGUAUAAAAGAAGUAAAUGCAGUUGUUCAGAUUCCAGCUACCAUUACAAGAAUUUUGUUGAAUCAUUUUCGAUGGGACAAGGAAAAGCUCAUGGAAAGGUACUAUGACAGUGAUCAAGAGGGACUAUUUAAUGAAGCUCACGUUGUCAAUCCUCAUCGGAGAGAAGUUGUUGUUAAGGGAAAGAGAACAACCCGUUCUACAGCUGCGGCCGCUGCAUCUGCCUCCCACGACAACGUCAUGUGUGAGAUCUGCUGUAUUCCAGCAGAUUGUGUGGAGAUGACCGGUCUGGAGUGUGGCCACCAGUUCUGUAAGAAGUGUUGGGAAGAUUACCUCACAGCUAAAAUCUGUGAUGAAGGCAUGGGUCAGACGAUAUCGUGUGCAGCGUUCGCUUGUGAUAUCCUUGUAGAUGAUGCCACAGUCAUGUCCCUUAUUAAAGAUGCAAGAGUAAAAUUAAAAUACCAGCAUAUAAUAACAAAUAGCUUUGUAGAGUGCAAUAGGCUUCUACGUUGGUGCCCAGCUCCAGACUGUGGCCAUGUUGUGAAAGUAGCGUAUUUUGACACAAAACCAGUUACCUGUGUCUGUGGUCAUAUAUUUUGUUUUUCCUGUGGAGAAAACUGGCAUGAUCCAGUACGGUGUAAAUGGCUUCGCAAGUGGAUCAAGAAAUGUGAUGAUGACAGCGAAACCUCCAACUGGAUUGCUGCCAAUACGAAGGAAUGUCCGAAAUGCCAUGUGACGAUAGAAAAAGAUGGAGGCUGUAACCACAUGGUUUGUAAAAACCAGAACUGCAAAGCUGACUUCUGCUGGGUUUGUCUUGGUCCGUGGGAGCCCCACGGCUCAUCAUGGUACAACUGUAACCGGUACAAUGAAGAUGUAGCAAAGAAAGCUAGAGAUGCACAGGAGAAAUCAAGAUCUGCCCUGCAGCGUUAUCUAUUCUACUGCAAUAGAUACAUGAACCAUAUGCAGAGUUUGAAAUUUGAAAGCAAGUUGUAUGCAUCUAUUCGUAACAAGAUGGAGGAGAUGCAACACCACAACAUGUCGUGGAUCGAAGUUCAGUUCCUCAAGAAGGCUGUCGACGUUCUCUGUUUGUGUCGGCAGACACUCAUGUAUACCUAUGUCUUUGCUUUCUACUUGAUGAAAAAUAACCAAUCCAUUAUCUUUGAGGAUAACCAAAAAGACUUAGAGAAUGCAACCGAACAGCUGUCAGAGUAUCUGGAACGGGAUAUCUCCUCAGAAAUGCUAGCAGACAUCAAACAGAAAGUGCAAGAUAAAUAUAGGUAUUGUGAGAGUAGAAGAAAGGUGCUACUAGACCACGUUCACGAAGGGUAUGAGAAAGAGUUGUGGGAGUAUAUCCAGGAGAUAUGACAGCCACCGCUAGAUUCUUUCUUCAGUCGUUCGGAGCCGCACCUCGGCUCUUUGUUCUGUCAUUCUGUGUUCCAUGGGACGGCCUGGCUUUAACCCCAGCACUGCUAACAUGUAAAAUGACAAAGCCCCAUCCAUAAUGGUGUGCGUUGUUUGCAAAUAUUUGCCAUACUUAAUCAAAUUCAGGAAGCUUGAGUUACGAGUGGAACAUGUUUUUCCUGGGUUUUUUUUUUUAUUAUCCAAUCAAGCCAUGUUACUGUAUUAAUAUUGAAAAGCAUGUAUUUUAUUUAAGCAUGUAUGUUUUAUUUCGGAUAAAACUGAUAGCGAUGGUAAUAUGUUCCUAAAGUGAAAUUUUGUUAUUUUUGUUUGUUUAACGAGCUAUGAACCAGUGCUUAUUUAAAGACUUGUUUAAGUGUAUAUGAAAUACUUACAAUCCUUUUCACAAUUAGUUAUGUUAUCUGAUAUGACACUAACAAACAGCACACCAAAACAAACAUGUUUUAAUAACAUUGUAAAAUGUUAAAGAGCUCUAGUAUAGCCCAAGUUUGUUUUGGAUGGAAAACGGAAAUGAAAUCAAAAGGAGUUAAAAAAGUAGUUUUUCUGAUCUGCAUUGGGGGUUUUAUGUGUACAAUUAUUGUGUUUUUCGGGCUGCAGUGAAGUGAUUUAAGUGGCCAUGUUCACAAUUAGUGCUGCUCUUGCAAUAAUUACGAUGAUGGCUCACUCCAUGAGAGAAACAAUAACAAAAACUUGAUGGGUUUAAUUUACAAGGCCUGUUUUCGUCUUGUCCACAUGAUUAAACACCUGUGUUUCAGAAAAACACGUUUCAUAAAUUUGGCUUAAUACAGGCUUCUGAGAAUUGAAAAUCUGUGUGACCCAUUUAUCAGUUACGCAGAAAUAAAUCCAUGUCACCCAUUUAGUUUUUUGCGUAACCUGUUUUAUCCAUGUAAAUGGUGCUAGAAAUUUUGCGCAUACGAAAAAUAGUUGUUUUUUUUCUCACAAAAUUAUACUUGCGCAAUUUGCAAUUUUCACAGGCAUGCAACAUGUUAAACGUUCAUUGUCUUAUUGAAUAAUUUCAGUACUUUCCAACUCAACUCUUGUGUAAGCAUUAAAAAAACCUCAAAACAUCUUACUUGUUAUUUCACUUAGAAAGAAAGAUCACUGUUGUUUAAAACAAUUAAAGGUUUCUUUAGGAUUUACUCCCAUUGCCCUCCCCUCCUUAUUUGCAAGAGGCAGAAUAUACUCCUGUUUUUAUUAUUAACAUAUAACUGCCAGAGUAAGCAAAAUGAUGACUAAAAAGUGCAAAACCUCAGUUAACACUGAUCAUGUUAUGCUUGUAAAAUGUUUAAAGUUUAAAACUGUCUGGUUUUGUCUUAUAGUGGUCUCAUUAAGUUUUUACUCUACAUUUUAUGACAUGUUAGUUGCUGGUUUUUUAGUAUUGUAUCAUAACUACACUUUGCCAGUUGAGAGUUUUUACACUGCCCUACACAUUGUUAACUUGACUUAUCUGGCAUAUAUCUUUGAUGUAAUAAAAUGUAACAAAGGAGUCUUAUUUAAAAGAUGGCAUCUAUCUCAGGGUGUAUACUGUUGCGAAUAAAAAGUAUGUUUUAUUACAAAUUUGCCAUAAAGCUAAUUAGAAAGUUGUGUACAUUGUUUGUAGAUGUGCCACCAUUUUUGCUGUUUUGCCAAAUGAAACUUGAAUUUGCUGUCAAUCUGCUCAUCAGAUUUAUCUAAUUGCUGCUACUUUAAAUCCUGCUCUCUCUGGUUGGUUGUGUCAUAAAUAUAUUAUCUAUUUAAAAGAUGGCUGCAUGCUGGCAGUGUAAUUAAUCAAAAUAUUGGGGUGUUAUGUGGCCUCAUGAAAUGGAAUGAUGCAAGUUGAUUUUGUAGAUACUUUGUAGAUUUCAUUAAUGUCAGGCAAUUGAAGUGACAUAUUAUCUGGUAAAUAAAUAUGUAUAUGAAA